AUGCGUGCCAUCUUUUUUCUUUCUCUGCUUAUAAUGAUUGGUCCAUUGAUAGGCGCCGGAUAUUUCGAUCCAGAUAUUAAUGACUAUGACGCUUAUGGAUUAAAAAUAGCUGCCAAUAAUAUUCUUUUAGUUGAGUCACUGCCUAAUAACUACGAAUUUCUCAUAGUAUUGGCACCCUAUAAUAAUGUAACUUACGAGCAACAAUGCUUUAUUGCGUACGUAGAUGAGGAUCAUUAUGUUUAUUCGGUAGGGGUUGGUUCGGACGCAAAUGACAUUAGUUUUUACGCUGUCGGUCAAAUCAUUGGCGCCAGUCAAUAUCAAACUGAUUCAAAUAUUGACAAUAACACUUUUAUUACGUUCUACAAUAGUUAUGACAACGAAUCAUGUCUAACAACGAGUCAAGUCCUUAUCGAUUAUAUGAGUCUUUCUGAACCGAAUUUUUUAGUUAUGGUCGUUCAUCCAACUGGUCAAUUUGCCCUUGUGAUAGCAGAAAAUACUGUGUUCAAAUAUAAUCCAUUCGUCUCUUCACGGAUCACUACUAAUACUUCAUUUUGGCCUGAUACGUCGUUUACUCCAAGAGCAGCUGACAUUACUACCAAUUUUACUGUUGUAGCCGGCUUAGUUAGCAACGGACCCUCAUCCCGCAUACGUGCACAGGUCAUUGUCUAUCUGAUAGACAACAAUUUAAGUCAAAUUUACUCUAAUUGGACCUACGAACCACUCAAUAGUAGUUGGCAAAGUCAACUGACUUUUUCAGGAACUGCCAAUUGGUCUGUCAAAUACAGUAUGUCCGUUGAUAUCAACAAUUUUGAUCCAACACGUGUACUAGUAGGAGUUCCUUAUCUCAAUACUGUCUUUCAGUUCGUCAUAAGUGGUAACGGUACAAUACUGACAUUAUCCAGUCAAAUAGAUAAUGGAAAUAGCGUUGGUUUUGGUAAGGGUGUAGCUUGGUUGGCAUCUGAUCAAGCUGCUAUCCUUGCUAAUAGAUAUACUUCCACGUUUUCCCUUUGGUUAUCUUCACAGAUUUGGCUUUACACACAGCUAUCGACAAUUGGUCUUGCUUCGGCACCAACAGCCAUCAUACCUAACAACCAACAACCUCUGCCUUCGACUAUCAGCAAUCAGUUUCUCAAUAUACGGCCAAUUUCAAAUUCAUUGGCAGUCUUAGAUGUAAUUGGUGCGACUCUCCUAAUUCUAUCAACACAGCCUGGUUUCUAUGCGUCAACUGAUACAAGCCAUUCACCAGAGUCUGUAUCAAUACCUACUAUCAGUACAAAGCAGGCUUGCGUUCCUGGUACAAUGAAGAAUAACAGUGGAAUACACCCAUGCUCUCUUUGUCAGUCUGGUUCACGAAGUGCAGCUGGUAGUAUUAACUGUACACAAUGUGAUCCAUCUGCAUUCUGUCCACUGGGUGCAGUUGCUGAAGUAGCACAGAGUGAAUUAGAGACGUUAACACAAGCAUAUGCCCAUCCGACAUCACCCGACGUGACCUCUUUUGAUGAUAUUCUUCUAGCAAAUGUGUUUCAACUUCGUCCGUAUACUCGCUGCAUUGUUAUAUCACCCAUAUUCUGGACACUCAUAACUUUAUUUCUAUUGGCGAUUAGAGAAGGCGAGAUAUGGAUUGGUGGUUUGGCCACAAUCACUUUAAUUAUACUCGUUGCCCAAGCAUACGCUUUCAGCACAAACUUUGUUGCACAGUAUCCAUCUGAACAGGUCGGCAAUAGUGACUUUGCAUGUGAUCCUACAAUUAGAAAUGCUGUUUUUGAAACAUCACUCCAAUCACUUGCUAUUCCAAGAUCUGACGACGAGCAAGUAAUCUUUGAUCUUGUUAAAAAUCAACAAUUCACUCUGAACGUCAAUCUUCUCAACACGGCCAUUACGUGCUCUUCAAUAUAUCCUAAACAGAUAAUCGAUAGUUUAUUAGUUCCAAUCAAUUUCAUUUCAUGCUCGCAAAAUAAUUCAAUUGUAAAAACUGCCAUCAUGGUAUCGAAAGAUGCUAUCACAAUACAGUUUAUCAUUGAUGAUUUUAAACCCAUCGGGGGCAUAGGGAUUGGUAUGAGUGGUCCUGGACAAGAUAAUGGCAGUUCAACAUUGAAAGAGCUUGGAUUUAAGCAGGCAUUCUACAAUGCUGAUAGAACGCUUGCCCAAAGCGCUACCGUUUCUCUUCAGCUUACAAUGGCUUUAAACAAAACAGAGCCUCUGAGUGGACCAGAUUCAAAUUUUACAGGAAUCUGGUAUCCAACAUAUACUGUAGAUAAAAAUGCGAUGUUUGUCACACGUGAGGAUUACAUCUCAUCAUCAAAUUUGACUCAAACAACACUGACAAUUCUUAUUAGCCAGAGUUCAUACUACAUCAAACACAAUCAAAAACCGAUUGUUAAACAAUCUGAAAUGAUCUUCAAGAAUUUCAUGUUUACACUGUUCUGUAUGGAAAUACUCGGGCUUCCUCUUCUUCUUCUCAAACUUAUGAUUAUGCCUCUAUUCAAACUCAUACACUCGCGAUGUAAACAAUUAAUUAGUGAACGACGUGAAACGUAUAGGCUCGAUCGUGAACUUACUGAUAUAGAGGGUCCUCAUGAUCAUGAGGUAUAA